GGUAACACCCAUUUUCAGAUGCGCUCUCUAAUUUUCACUUUGAUGCUCUCAAAUAGACGAGCAUAUAAUUACCCUCAGCUAUUCGUUCUUUCAUAUCCUGCUUUUUUUGUUACUUUUUUAUACGUCUAUAACUAUGUCUUCUGCAACAUCCUCUGUUACAGCUGCUCAGUUGAUAGAUCAGAUUCUGAGCACAGACACAAGCACGCCACACUAUCUCCAACAAUUAGUCAAAAAUAUUGAUACUCUUCUCGAUCAUUACACCACCAAGGGAAAACAAAGAACAACUUCUGAGAAGAUGGAUUCCGUGAGAGCUCGGCUACCCUCUGCAUCAGACGUUGCUGAUUUUUCAGAAGAAGUGUCAGAAAAUGUCAGGCUAAUUUCCGAUCAGAUAUCAAAGUCCACUGGUGAUAAACAUGGUACAGCAAUAUCAGUGUUAAAUGCCCUUGGAAAUGUUCAUUGGGUCGGAGUGGGAUUUUUACUGGUGGCUGCAGUUAUUGAAACGCUGGACAAAAUAAAAGAGAACAAAAAGGAGUGCUUAAAACUUCUGAAAUCCACGAACGAUUUGGCCAAACUAAUACUGCAGCUUCAGCGUUUUGCUCAUUUGAAGGAAGAGAUGCAGGACAAAAUGAAGGAGUCCAUACAACUAAUUGUGGAUGGGGCAAUCUUAUGUUGUGUACAGAAGAAAAGGAAACUUCUACGAAGACUCUGGAUCGCUGGAAGGGAUGGAGAGCAACUUGAAAAGCUUCAAAGUCAAGUGGAUGAAAUGGGCAGGAUGCUCCAUUCGCAAAUAAGCCUCUCUACAUUAGAUGUUGUGCACAGCAAUGUAGUAUGCAGCCAACCACCGAUUCCAUCCCAUAAUUCUGGAGUUGUAGGCAUAGAUCACAAGAUUACUGAAGUGAUUCCACUCCUUGAGUGGGAUAAUGACAAUCUAGUUGUGGCUGUCAUUGUACACGGCAUUGGAGGAGCCGGUAAAACCACGUUGGCAAAUGAAGUGUUUGCAUCUUUGAAUCUGAAGGGCUGGAAAUAUUCAAAAGUCACUCUCGUAAAAAAUUUGGAAUUAAAUCCUGACAUAGAGGAAAUACAAUCUCAGAUUUUAAGCGACUUGACUGGGAUAAAACAUGAUACUGUAAGAGACUUUCAGGAGGGACAACAAGAGCUGAAAUCGAUAAUGGAGAAAGAAGUUGUUUUCAUAUACAUUGACAACAUAUUAAGGAGACAACACCUGGAAGAUCUUCUACCCAAGCUGAUCGACAGUCCAAAAAAAGUGAGGAUUCUUGUAACAGCAAGAAAAACAAAUAUCUAUGCAGUGUUUGAAAGCUGCAGAUUUAAACCCUGUAAAUUAUAUUCCAUUGAUUCCCUCUCUGUUGAGGCAGCCCUUGAAGUACUGUGCAGGAAAAUUGAUAGUGAAAGAAAUAUAGACACCAUGGUCAAAGAAAGGCCUCUGGCAAAGAAGAUAGCGGAAAAAUGCAGUUGCUGUCCUCUGUUUUUGGAAGUGGUGGGAGCCUAUCUCCAUAAAAGAAAUAACAAAGUUGAAGCUUAUGUAAAAGUUGUUGGCUGGCUAAGUGAUGGACGCGAUUUCAGCUGUGACAAGGAAGAUGGUUUUGAGGAAUCUAGAAUUCUGUUUGCUUACCAUGAACUUACACCCAGUGCUCAGGAGGCGUUCCUCGACAUCUGCUCAUUCUUCUAUGGUUGGGAGUGGAAUGAAGUUGCCUGCAUUGUGGGAGAGGAAGAACUGGAUUGUCUAGUAGAGGGUGCCCUUGUGAAAAGAAAACAGUAUUAUUAUGAUGAAUCAAUAGUAGAGAGUAUAAGCAUUCAUGAUCUUAUAUUGAGAGCAGGUCGUAAUAAAUCAAAAGGCAAUCGAUUCACAAGUGUGGAUGAUUUUACUAUCGCCAUGGAGAAUGAAAAGGAUCUCGACCAAAUAAAAGGGGUUUGGCUAAAAGACAACUAUAAGCCUUUUCAUUUAUCUGCAAAGUAUUAGACGCUAUGAGCUGGUCUCUCCGAGUAUUUGCUAUGGGAAACAACACAAUUGUUAGCGGAGAAUGCAGUAAACGAUUUGAUGAGCUGAGGUUCCUACAAGCGGAAUGGGUGCUAAAUUUUGCUAUUGAUAUAUCGAAGCUUAGAAACUUAAGCUUCUUAGAUUUUUCUUUCAAGGAAAAUGAAAUUUGGAAUAUGUCCGAGGCAAGUUGCCAUCUCGUCAAUUUUUUUUUUAGCAAAUAUUAAAAAAAAUGUUUAAAAAUGGUGGUGUGUUUCUUUCUAAUGUUGUUCAUUAGCUCUCUUUGGUUGCAGAAUUUAUCUAGUCUGCAAGUACUCAAACUUAAUAGGAGUGAGCGAAAUGAUGGGGCCAAUUUACAUGCAGCUAUGGAAUUCGGGCAUCUUAUUAAAUUAAAACAUUUGCACUUGAGAGGAUUUCAAAUUAAAGAAGUCUCAAAUUUUGUGAAGGUAUAUAGUCUGCAGAAGCUAAGAUUGUCAAAAAUACAAGGUCUGAAGGAACUUCCAUGGACAAUUGGGAAGCUCCGAUCACUUAAAGAGUUGUAUUUAGGCAGCUGUGAUGACCUAAUGCGGCUAAGAGAAGGAUUUGGCGAACUAAGCUCCCUUUCUGUGGUUGGUUUGAGUGGUUGCAAAAGUUUGCAAGAGCUCCCAUGUGAUUUCAAGAAGCUAUUGUCAUUACAGUUACUGAACUUGUCCAAUUGCCCUAAUCUCCAUCGGCUACCAGAGGGGCUUGAAAACCUUCCAUCCUUAAAAUUCAUAGAUGUUAGGGGUUGUAGUAAGUUGACUAGUCUUCCACACAGGGUUUGCGAGUUGUCUUUCUGGAAGAGUAGAAUAUCAUUUUCUGGGUGUUCAAGUUUGAUCGAUCUGCCAGAAGAAAUUUGCAAAUUCACAACGUUGACAAGUAUAUCAUUGGAGCGCUGUAGGAGCUUAAAGGUGCUUCCCAUCGGCUUCGGUCAACUCAGUUGCCUAGAAGAACUAGUCUUAGAUGAAUGUGAAUGUUUGCAAGAAUUGUGCGAUGACUUUCAUUGCUUGGCAAGUUUAAGAGGAUUAAGAAUGUGUGGAUGCAAAAGCUUAUCAAGGCUACCAGAAGGUUUCGGUAAACUUAGCUGUUUGGAAAGGUUAGAAUUAUCAGGUUGUGAUAAUAUACAGGAAUUGUGCAAUGAGUUUGGAAGCCUUGGGGCAUUGGAAGUUUUGAAAUUGUCCAGAUGCAAAACCCUGUCCAAACUUCCUGAUUGUUUCGGUCAGCUUGGACGCUUAAAAAGUUUGGAUUUAUCUAUUUGCUCUAAAUUGGAGGAGCUUUCUAGUAAUUUUCAUUGCCUGACAUCAUUAAUAGAAUUAGACCUGUCAAAUUGUGAGAGCCUGCGUGAAAAAUGGAUGGACAAAGUGGGCUCUGUUCAGAGCUUGUGGCGCCUAAGUAUUUCACGAAGUGAAAAGUUAAUUGAGCGGUGGAUGGAAAUGCAAAGGGAGAAAGAAGAUUGGCAUUUCGUGGUGCUAACAGACUCCUCUUGGGAGGUAAUGAAGUUUUUAAUAUGAAUUCAUUGUUCUUUCAAUCCAGCUAAAAACUAAUUGAGAUAGUAGAAACAGAAUAUAAUAUUCAGGAUAAUAAAUACAGCUUAAACCAUUGCAAAAAUAAAUACUAAACAAUUGCUUAACUGGAACUGUAAUGCUAUACAACAAAACUGUAUAAAUACAGCAAAACUUUACUAUCAGUAUAUGUAGAAAAUACCGUGUUGAUUUUGUAAAUUCUCUCGAUACAAAAGAUACUUAUGAGUCAUGUUGCACGGCGUUUUCAGGACUGGAUAAAAUCCAGGGGUAUCUUUUGAAAACGGAUAUAUAUUUCAAAUUUCUACACAGUUUGACAACAACUAUAUAACAUAACAAUGUUAGAUUAUGUUCGAUGAUGUCUGCAGAAGUCUGCAUGUCAACCACAUUCUAAAAAAAAUUGUUUAUUACACUUCUCACACAAUACCACACUGUACCUUCAAUCAACCAUAUCAAAAUUUUUGAAAUUGAAGCUCUUUUGAACAAAGAAAUCAGAAAUCCAAAUUAUCUUUGUUAAUGUUAGUGAUUAUAUAACUAAUAUGAUCAUUAACUAUAAAUCUGAAUCGUGUUAUAUUUAUUGCUGUUAUACUGCUGUGAUAUAUAUUUAUUGCUGUUAUACUGCUGUGUUAUAUCAUCAUUAACUAUGUCAAGGGAUGUCUGAGAUGUCCCCAGCCAUGUCGGUGACUAUCAAGCAUCCCCUAUGCGUUUCUUGCCAUCUCUUAUUUUAAGGACGCGUGUCAGGACGUUUCUAGAUUUUCUCAAUUGAAGGGGUUAGCCUAGGGACGUCCCCUAAUGUCCUGCCAUCUCCCAAAUGCUUCAAGAAACAAAGGCGGGGUUUGAGGAUUAGGGAUACAUCCUUGUGUAGCACAGGUUAUAAGCAAAUCUUUUAUAACUUCCAUGGAGUCAACCAUGAUUUUAAGUUUCUGACCUUAUAGAAAAAGAUAGAGACACCAUUCUUAGCUGUGAAAUGUGCAUAACUCUUCCAUGGAGUCAACUGGAGUAUACUGUAGCAGCGACAUUUCAUGCCGGUGAGGCACUUGCAGGAUCUGUGCAAGCAGGCAAAAGCUUUUGAAGCAACGAUUCUCUACGGCCUGCCCGGAAUCGACCCUCAAAGAUCCUGCCCUGCUUCGUCACAAUCAAACCCUAGGUUACAAGAAGGGUUGUGCUUUUAAAGGGAGAAUGGAGAGUUAAAGAUGGAUUUUUAUGUACAUAUAUAAAUGUAAAAUGCUUUUAAUAAUUAUUUAAUUUAAUGAUCAAACUAUUAAUAAUAAUUUUAAAUAUGAAUUCCAUAUUUCGAGCCUUAGAGAAGAGAGAGACACACCAAAUCUGCACAACUCUUCCAUGGAGCCAACUGCAGUGUGCUGCAGCAAGAAGAUUACAUGCCGGUGAGGCACUUGCAGGCAGGAUCUGUGCAGGGAAAAGAUUUUGAGGCAACGAUUCUCUACGGCCUGCCUGGAAUCGACCCUUGAAGAUCCUGCCCUGCUGCGUCAAUUUCAAACCCUAGGUUGCCAAAAGGAUCGUGAUUUAAAAGGGAAAAUAGAGAGUUAAAAGACGGAUUGUUGUGUACAUAUACAAUUGUAAAAUGUUUCUGAUAUUAAUAGUUCUUAAUUUAAUGAUCAAACAUUUGUAAUAAUUUAAAAUAUUAAUUUCAUUUUUAUCCUCAAAACUAUUUUUUAACUGUUAAUCUGAGUAUAUUUACAGAGUCACAAACUAACUCCUAAAACAGCACCAAAAAGCGGUCUGCUAAAAGAGUUAGAAAGGCAUAGUUGAAACUCUAGAAACAGCAAUUAACAAUGCGCUAACAUAGCAUCAUCCAAUAGGUAAGAGAGUUGAUUUAUCUCCAAUUCAUACUUAAUCAUAGAUAAUGAAUCUAAUGUGUUUCCCUUGCAACGAACGAAAUAUUUGAUUUUCCCGUUGCUUGUAUUGCAAUACUGGACACACGACGGGGACGGAAUGCUUUGUUGUUGAAAGUAAUGAUAUCAAAGAUGUUUGACGAAGAAGGUCUACUGAUUGACAUCCAUGAACGCCCCCUCUAUUCAUCUUCUCUUCCACCAGACUCCUCUCUCAUCUUCAUUAUUAGAACUGAUGAUAGCCUCAAUACUCAAAAGUCUAGUCGUUCUCAAAUAGAUGGUAACUUGUUCGAAAAAAGUAUCCAACAACUGGAAUUCAACUCAAGAGCGUUGUCAAUCAUCUAUGCCGGUAGACAUUUCAGUGAACUACCAUCUGAGGUGACAGAUAGAAUCGCGGCUUAUACACCGUCAAGCUCUAAAACCGACAUAUUCUUUGAUAAGGUGUCUUCUACUUUCCCCGAAAUAUAUGGAAGAGCUACCUCUGUUUUCAGAAGCAGAGUUAGUUUAGAAUUUAAAGGAACAAAAUGUCCGUCCGUAUGGGAAGAUGUCUCGUAUAUAUUAAAUGAAUCAGCUUUUCUUGCAAGUGCUCCGAGGGAGAGCAAUGUUGAAAUCCUGAGAGCAAUUGCAAACAGAUUUCCUCCUCAAGAAAAAUCAGCAGGUGAAGAUCAUUGAUUUACAAGGAAAAGUGAUAUUACUUCUCCAUACAAGCCCAAUGAUGCACAUGAUUCCAAGCUCUUCAGCGUUGAAUGACAUGUAUACGGAGAUGCAAGGCAGCCAUCAAGAUCUUGUAGAAGUAGUUUGGAUUGGACUGUGUGAUGAGAGAGAAAGGGCCAAGUUCGAAAGAGUUGCUGCAGAUGCUCCAUGGCCUGUGGUCCCUAAUCCAUGGUUGAUUAAACAGUCAUUAGAACACUUUUUUACUUUGCUAAAUUUCCCGUGGUCGCGGGCCAGAGUGAUGGUGGUGGACGGCAAAGGAAGAAUCUCCAACAAAAAUGCAUGGGAGAUGAUAGAAAGAUGGGGAAUGGAAGCAUUUCCAUUUUCCGAGGGUCGUGAAGAGGAACUCAAACAAUCAGAAUGGGAGCUGGUGUUCAACUACAAGCAAUUUGUUUUUCAAAACCUGCCCUUCACUCAAUCAAAGGUGGAGGUGGAAGGUGGGUCGCAUUGUGGAGAAAUAAUGCUGCUAUUCGUAGGCUUAGCAGAUCAAAUGUUGGUGUUCAGUGCUGAGUUAGAGAAUGCUCUCACCAAGUUGAAAAGUGAUUUUCAACUCUAUUAUGUUUGGCAUAAAAGAUGUUCUUACAAAGAUGACGAGGAAAUGAAGAUGAAGAAGAAGAGCACCAUUCCCAGCAUCUCACAGAUGGAAGCAUACAGAUUUUGGGAGCGCAUGAAGUAUUUGUAUGACGAUUUAACAAGAAUGGGAAGUGACGAAAAGAUAGUACAUGUGCGAAGACUGGUGUCUGGUAUUAUCAGUGCAGAAAGUGUGAGUCAUAUGGAAUGGAAGAUACAAGUAAUAGUGGUAGAUGAGAAGGGGCAGAUGGUGAGUGGGGAAGCAAAGGAGGUGGUAGAGGCACUAUCACAGUGGGGCAAGAAAGAGUCAAAGUUGUCAUCUGAAGCAGUCCAAUUGUUGGAGGGGCAAAGGAAAGAUGGGGGCUGCCUUAGAAACUACAGAUGCGUUGGGCCCAUGACAUUUCAUUGUUUUCCUCACUACGCUAUUAUGGACAAACCGUUAUGCCUGACCUUUCUAAGCCCAAUGGCUGGCUAUUGACUCAAAAUGAUUUUUAAGACCCACCAUGGGCUCAUUUUAAUGGUGGUCAAAUGAGUACUCGGGGAGGAAUUUUUCAUUGCAGACGACCGAUAUAGAGUCAACAUUGAUAUUUUUCCUUGCUCCAUUGCGUCCCUCCUAGACCUCAGUGGAGCAAAGGAUAUGGUGAGGACUCUGGUAAAAGUUCUUGUUUUAAAGAAUCUCAUCAGGUGCUUGGAGGUCAUGCUAGAUAGUGCACAAAUGGGUGUGGGGAUUUCACUUGCCAUGGACCUCUAGCAAGCAUUGGAGAACCACAAUACGGUUGUUUGACAUGCCUUCUCGCCCAAUUUCAAUAGUGUGACUGUUCUAGCACCGCCUGAAAGCGACUAAAGGAUGAUCAUUCCUAAACAAGACUUCCAACCAAGAGCCAACAUUUGGGAUCGAGUGGAUGUUCCAGUUCAUCAAUGAGGAAGAUGCAAACUAAAAACAGUGGUAUGAAGGCUUUUUGGUUUAAAUGUAAUUAUCUAAGAAUUGUCAUAUUUUGAUAUCCAGGGAACUUAGAUCUAGCCACAAAUUUAAAGAGAAAAAGUAUACAGGCAUAGCAUACAUAUUGGCAUAUUAAAAAAUGG